AUGGCGCGUCUCGGUCGUACCGGGUUUCUCACCCUCGCGGUAGUGUUUCAUCUAAUAUAUGCAUACUCAAUCUUCGAUAUAUAUUUCGUCAGUCCGAUUGUGAGUGGAAUGAGGCCCUUUCGUGUGGAGCGGGAGCCCGGCUCUGAAGCUCCAGCGAAACGUCUUGUCCUCUUCGUCGCCGACGGAUUACGCGCCGACAAGGCGUUCGAAUUGACACCGGAUCCAGACCUUCCUGAAGAAUCAAAUGGCGACGACUUGACAUUCCUUGCUCCUUUCAUUCGAUCCCGCGUAUUGUCCCACGGUACAUUCGGAAUUUCCCAUACUCGAGUCCCGACAGAAUCACGGCCUGGUCAUGUUGCCUUAAUCGCUGGAUUAUACGAGGAUGUUUCGGCCGUUACGACAGGAUGGAAAUUGAACCCGGUGAACUUCGAUAGCGUCUUCAAUCGGAGCAGGCAUACGUGGAGCUGGGGAAGUCCUGAUAUUCUCCUGAUGUUUAAAGAAGGUGCUGUUCCGGGGAGGGUCGAUGCGGAUACAUACGGGGAAGAAUUAGAGGACUUCACGAGUGACGCAACGGCCCUCGAUAUUUGGGUAUUCGAUAAGGUGAAGGAGCUAUUUGCAUCGGCCAAGAAAGAUCCAGAAUUAAAUGCCAAGUUACGGGAGGAUAAGAACGUUUUCUUCCUGCAUCUUCUUGGAUUGGACACGACGGGUCAUGGUUACCGUCCCUACUCGAAAGAAUACCUACGGAAUAUCAAAUUAGUCGACCAGGGAAUCAAGGAAAUCUCGCAGCUCGUGGAGGAUUUCUACGGCGAUGAUAAGACGGCAUUUGUGUUCACCGCGGACCAUGGUAUGAGCGAUUGGGGCAGUCACGGGGAUGGUCAUCCUGAUAACACACGAACGCCUCUGGUGGUGUGGGGAUCUGGUGUUGCACCACCAAAGCAGCCCCAGCAUGGCGUUCCUUCAGGACACGAAGAUGGCGUCUCAGCCGACUGGCACUUAAAUCAGGUUCAAAGGAACGAUGUCGCACAGGCUGAUGUUGCUGCCCUUAUGGCGUAUCUGGUGGGACUCGAUUUCCCCACGAAUUCUGUUGGCCAGCUUCCUCUGGAAUAUGUCGACGGGACCCCUAGGGAGAAGGCCUUGGCAGCUUUGGCCAACACACAGGAGGUCCUGGAAAUGUAUCACGUUAAGGAAGAACACAAGAAAGCGGCUCUUCUUCGGUACCGUCCGUUUGAACCACUUGCGAGCGACUACGGGAAUUCUGCUGAGCAGCGUCUCGCGAUGAUCAAAGAUCUAAUUGACCGUGGCUUUUAUGAAGAUGCGAUCGAGACAUCUGCGGCUCUGUUCGCAACAGCUCUAGAGGGCCUCCGCUACCUUCAAACGUAUGAUUGGCUCUUCUUGAGGACCAUUGUCACUUUCGGAUAUGUGGGAUGGAUUGCCUAUGCUUUGACGACCGUCAUUCACCUCCAUGUCCUGCAUGGCGCCUCGGAAUCUGACAGGACGACAGCCAGCAUCAGUUUCUUCUCCUCAGUUCUUGUGGCGUUGUUCUCGGUUUUCCUUUACCAGGGCUCUCCCUGGAGGUAUUAUCUUUAUGGAUUCUUUCCGAUAUUUUUCUGGGAGGAGGUGUUCGCUCGGAGAAAGGCCUUCCACGCAGGGCGCGCUGGUGCACUCCUACUUCCAAAGAGAGAUUUACACUCCAACAAGGUCGAAGAUAUCGACACAAUAACUUAUGGUGGGGCGUUCAUGCUUCUCACCGGCUUGCUAUACCUGCUUUUUGAGGACGAAAUUCUUGGCACUAGUCACCAGCCCGCAGCUGUGUCCCGAAAGGGUUCAAGGAACAUCAUGGGAUUGCAGCUUGGUAUGGUCCUGCUCGCACUGAUCGUAACAAGAUCAAGUGCAGCCUCGCUCCAAGCGAAGCAAGGUCUUCCAUUCGGCAACCAGGUAGUCGGAUGGGGCGUCCUCAUUGCUUCACUUUUAUUGCCGUUCGCCCACCGACUAUAUCCCAAUAGCCACUACUUACAUCGGCUAAUGAUCAUCUUCCUGACAUUCUCACCGACCUUUAUAAUCCUCACCAUAUCUUACGAAGGUUUAUUCUACUUUGCAUUCUGCAUGACCCUGGUUACUUGGGUCCGGUUGGAGCAUGCUACGUACGUCUACACCGCGAAACCUGUCGCCAAGCAGGCGCAGGAGACCAUUGAGCCGCCCAAAAAAGCAAACCCGGGUGCCACAACAGUUGUGGAUGGCGAAACAUACCGCUUCCGCACACUCACCGUUUCAGAUGCACGCGUAGCUUUGUUCUUUUUCUUCCUUCUGCAAUCGGCUUUUUUCAGCACUGGAAAUAUCGCCUCGAUCUCCUCCUUCUCUUUGGACAGCGUGUACCGACUCAUUCCGGUGUUCAAUCCCUUUAGCCAGGGCGCGUUAUUAAUCCUCAAGCUCCUUAUCCCGUUCGCUAUCAUUAGUGCGAACCUGGGCAUCCUCAACCGUCGCCUGGAAGUGGCACCUAGUGCCCUAUUCAUGGUGGUGAUGGCCAUUUCCGAUGUCAUGACUUUGAACUUUUUCUACAUGGUCCGGGACGAGGGCUCUUGGCUCGACAUCGGAACUACCAUCAGUCAUUUCUGCAUUGCUAGUUUCCUGUGCACGUUUGUUGCCGGUCUUGAGUUCCUCAGCGAGGUGUUCAUCAGUGGUGUGGACUUUGGACUCCGUACUGACGCGAUUACUGCAUCUGUCCCCGACAUUGUCAAUGGGAUAACUUCUAAAGGCCAAAAGGAUGUUCCCAAUGGCGUUGAGGAUAAAGAAUGA